UUCAAAGUGACAUUAGUGAGUUCUGACAAAAAGUAACAUGAUUGACAUUGGCACAUUGUAAUCCACCUAUCUUUUUAGUUUUUGAUAGCUUUAAUGCUAAAGGCUAAGUCAUGGCCCCAAGAAAAAACAAAGUUGCAAAAGAAGAGGUGCAAGUAACUCUUGGACCACAGCAUUUGGCUGGUGAGACCGUUUUUGGAGUGGCACACAUAUUUGCUUCUUUCAAUGACACCUUCGUUCACGUUACCGACUUGUCUGGCCGGGAAACUAUCGCCAGGGUGACUGGAGGCAUGAAAGUCAAGGCUGAUCGUGACGAAGCUUCACCUUACGCCGCUAUGUUGGCCGCCCAAGAUGUUGCUGAAAAGUGCAAAACUCUUGGAAUCACAGCUCUACAUAUUAAGCUUCGCGCGACUGGUGGUAACAAGACCAAGACCCCAGGACCUGGUGCACAGUCUGCUCUCAGAGCUCUGGCUCGUUCUAACAUGAAGAUUGGCCGCAUUGAGGAUGUCACACCAGUGCCAUCUGACUCUACCAGGAGGAAGGGUGGUAGACGUGGUCGCCGAUUGUAAUUCUCUAGUUUAAGUUUACAAAUUGUAUACUGGAAUAAAAUGGUAUACAGUUA